AUGUUGAAAACAGAACCCAUCACCACCGUUCUACCGGUGCAGACCGAAUCUUCUCCAACAACAUCCCCCACCUCCCCCAACCCCAAGUUCAGCAAGCACAUUAUUUUGACCACGUAUCCAGGCCAGAGUGGUAUUGAGCCUGUCCCUCUUGAGUGGGGCGCUCCCGAUGCCAAGUCCCGGGGCCCCGUGGUGGUCUCGCGGAGUGGAAACCUCGUCAAGCGCCGCAAUGCUAUCGGUGCCCACGGUGGCAGCUACAGCAUUUACAAUGCCCUCGCAAUCGCUGCUGGUGAUUUGGAUGCAGAUUUCCGACCGGACUUCCGCAACUCCGAGCCAACUUUCAAUUUCCCCUGGCAAGCUGCCUGGGCGGACAAGACUAAGAUUGUCUCGAUGGAUCCUUACGGCCAUGACAUUGUGAACCAGUUCAAAGCAGAGCUAGAGGCUGGAUGGGAUAUCCGUCCGACUAUGGCGGUCACUCGGGCUAAUAUGAAGCUCGCUGAGAUCGCUGACGAUGUGAAGAAUGGCCUGCUCGAGGUUGAUGGAAAUAUUCUCGUUGAUUCUACCGGCGAAGUUCGUGUGACCAAGGUAGCAGUUGAGCCUGUUUGGUAUCUUCCUGGAGUAGCAGAACGAUUCGGAGUUGAUGAGGGCACUCUUCGUCGAACUCUGUUUGAGCACACCGGUGGCAGCUACCCAGAGCUUAUCACCCGACCCGAUCUGAAGACUUUCCUGCCGCCCAUCGGCGGUCUUACCGUAUACAUCUUCGGACCGCCAGAGCGCAUCUCCGAUGAGAAAGUCAAGCUGGCCCUUCGUGUUCACGAUGAGUGCAAUGGCAGUGAUGUCUUCCAGUCGGAUAUCUGUACUUGCCGACCAUACCUGGCGUUCGGAAUCCGCGAAGCAAUUAGAGAGGCACAGAAUGGCGGCAGUGGUGUGGUUAUCUACUUCCGCAAGGAAGGCAGAGCCCUUGGAGAGGUGGUGAAGUAUCUGGUGUACAAUGCUCGUAAGCGUGGCGGUGACACUGCCGAUAAAUACUUUACCCGCACUGAGAACAUUGCCGGUGUUCGAGAUAUGCGAUUCCAAGCUCUCAUGCCCGAUAUCCUCCACUGGCUCGGCAUCACUAAGAUCGAUCGCAUGCUAUCAAUGUCGAACAUGAAGCAUGACGCUAUCGUAGACUCCGGCAUCAAGAUUCUCGAGCGUAUCCCUAUCCCCGACGAGAUGAUCCCUAGUGACUCUAGGGUCGAGAUCGAUGCCAAGAUUCAAUCAGGAUACUUCACUACCGGUAAGCAGCUCUCGGACCAAGAAUUAUCCCAGGUCCGUGGACGCGGUUGGGAGAAAUGGGAGGACAUUGCUCACUAA